AUGAUCGUUUGCAAAAAACACCUUAGUUGCAUUGUUUUUUGUUGUAUUGGUUUUGCCAGGGCAAGCAGUGAUGAAAAUCGUCUGUAUACUGAUCUACUCACAAACUACAACCAUUUGGAGAGACCUGUCAAUAACGCUAGUCAUGCGUUGUUGGUGAAGAUGAAGUUGUAUCUGCAAGCUAUUGUUGACGUAGACGAAAAAAACCAAGUUGUUCAAAUCAAUGCUUGGCAAAAAUAUAUUUGGGAGGACUAUAAACUAAAGUGGGACCCGGGUGAGUAUGGAGGGAUCAAGGUUGUACGAUUUCCAGGGACUGCUGAUCAUAUUUGGCGACCAGAUAUUUUGCUCUACAACAGCGCCGACGAAAACUUCGAUUCGACAUUUAAAAGUAACAUCGUUGCCUAUCACACCGGAGAAGUUCAAUGGAUCCCACCUGGUUUACUAAAGUUCAGCUGUAAAAUGGAUAUUACUUGGUUCCCAUUCGAUGAUCAGGCCUGCGUUUUGAAAGUAAUUGGUCGUUCAGAUAAAAUAUCUACUUUUAUUUUCUCAGAAGUUGUUAGCUCAUAUUUGCAGUUUGGCUCCUGGACAUAUUAUGGGUCUGAUCUUGAUCUCGUUAUUGACAAAGAGGGCACCAAUGAAACUCAUACAAUGGACUUAAGCGACUAUGUGGAAAAUGGCGAAUGGAACCUUUUGGCAACACCAGCGUAUCGUGAGGUCAAGCACUACAAAUGCUGUCCGGAGCCUUACAUUAGUCUGCUGUUUACUAUGCACCUCCGCCGUAGAACGCUUUAUUAUGGUUUUAAUUUGAUAAUUCCAAGUUUACUGAUCUCAUUAAUGACUGUUCUCGGCUUUACGCUACCACCUGAUGCAGGUGAAAAAAUCACACUUGAAAUAACAAUUCUGUUAUCAGUGUGUUUCUUCUUGAGCAUGGUAGCUGACAUGACCCCGCCAACUAGCGAAGCAAUCCCUUUGCUCGGAGCAUUUUUUUCUUGCUGCAUGCUGGUUGUCUCGACAUCUGUUGUCUUCACAAUAGUGGUUUUGAAUCUCCACUUUAGAAAUCCGGAAACACACGUUAUGACUCCGCUCGUCAGAAAGAUAUUACUGGAGUGGUUACCAUGGCUGUUGAUGAUGUCAAGGCCAGGAGUAACAUACAGAAGAGGAAAAAGCUUAGAACUUACAUUUUCGCAGUCAAAACCGGAAGAACCUGAACCAGUCGAUACGACCACUUUCUCAGAAGAAAAUGCAAGCGAACUGCAAAUUAUCCUGUUACAUCGAGUCUACAGUGAGCUGAAGGAGAUAACUCAAAGGAUGAAGGAUGAAGAAGAGGCUGAAAAGCUGCAAAACGACUGGAAAUUUGCUGCGGUUGUUGUAGACAGAGCUUGCCUCGUUUGCUUCUCUGUAUUUAUAACAUUAUCUGCUUGUGGCAUUAUACUUAGUGCUCCACAUUUGACGGCAUGA